UGUUGUUGUCAGCUGAUUGACAGCACUUCCUCCUCUCACUUCCUGUUUCUCUCUUGCAUGAUUUUAUCCACAAAUGUCUUCUUAUUCAUUUCAAACAAGCUAAAAUAUUUCAUGUGGAGGGAACACAGAGAUAAAUGAAAUGUCUGCGAAGCCAACAUGUCUGAUAGUGGCGAGUGCUUCUCCUCAAGGGGUCUCAGCAAAGUCUUUCCAUCAGUCCUUCAGUCUUUGUACCUCAGCGUUUAACCUCCAGACAGCCACACCUGGGGGGAAGCCUAUAGACUUUGUCGGAGUGGAUGAAAGCACUGCCAGAUGGGUGCAGGACUUCAAUGUGAAACCCUACGCAACACCAGCCAAACUUGAAUCUAUAGAUGGUGCUCGAUAUCAGGCGCUGCUCAUCCCGGACUGUCCUGGAGCGCUGAAUGACUUGGCACACAGUGGCUCUCUGCACCGCAUUCUCACACACUUCAUCUCUCACCAAAAACCUGUGUGUGCAGUCGGACAAGGAGUAUCGGCGCUGUGUUGUGCCACUGAGGGACAGAGGUGGAUCUUCAGCGGCUACAGUUUAACGGGGCCAUCAGUGUUUGAACUGGUGCGGAGGCCAGACUUUGCCAAUUUGCCCUUGAUUGUGGAAGACUUUGUGAAGGAUAGUGGUGGAUCCUACACAGCAAGUCAAGAAGAUGCUGUGCACGUAGUCAUCGACAGACAUCUAAUAACUGGACAGAAUAUGCAGUCGACCUCACUCGCUGUAAAUAAUCUAAUCCUGCUCUUUAGUGCCAAGUAAUAAAAGAUUUACAGCAGGAGCACUGACACUCAUCAGUUGAGUUGUUCCACAUUUAUAUUAAUGUAAUUAAACAAAUAUCCAUCUCAUACAAAUAUUGGAAGAUGCUGGGUCAGAACAAAUGUUUAGCAACCCUGUAAAUUCAACGUCUUUACUUGUCAAUGCUGUUAUCAUAAACCCAAUAAAAGUCACACAAUCAAAUGUC